AUGACCUUGUUGAUGGAAUUAGGGGGUGGGAGAGAACGGAUAAAGAGGUCACUAGUUGUUGAGAAUAAAGAUAAAGGUGUCACGAUUCCUUUGGCCGAAUCGAGUGCCCUGCCAAAACUUCGUAACAUUGCCCCCGCUCCUCAGGGUAAACCGGAUUAUGACGUCUACCAUAUUCCAAAAGGCUAUGAGGUUUUACUCGUACCCAAAUCGUCCGCGGAUGCCUCCCCCUCCUUCGCCGGUCAUCUGUCCACCUCGCCCAAUAACGUCAUACCUCUUUCCCCUGCCCCUUCUGAAUCGAGCACACAAGAUUCUCCCAAGUCCUCCUCGAAACCCUCGCCACCGAAUAGUUCGUGGCGUAAGCGUAGGAACAAUGGUCACAUCCCUCGUCCAAAGAAUUGCUUCAUGGCCUACCGUGAACAAAUUCAGCACAAGGUUCUCGAGGAAAAUCCGGGAAUGAACAAUAAGUUGGUCUCCGUGAUCGCUGCCAAGAUGUGGAAAGAAGAAUCCGAGGAGGUCAAACAAUAUUGGCGUGAGCGCGCCCAACAAUUGAAACUUGAGCACAUGAUGAAAUACCCGAACUACAAGUUUGCUCCCAAGAAGAAACAGUCGAAAACCAGCUCCCUCGGUGUUAAGCCCACUAAGGCCAUCAAGAAACCCACCGACACAAAGGUCUUAACCGAGGAACUUGCCAAGGACAUGUUGAAAAGAGGAUACGGUAAUCAUGAAGGGCCUGUUCUCUGGGGCCAUUAUCGUUCCUCGUCGCUGGACUCCAUUGGUUCUUGGACGAGCGAUUCCAACCCGCCCACCCCUCCUUACAUCGAAAAUUCGCCACCAACUUUUGAGACCAAUGACCCUUGCGACCGCUCGGUCUCGCCCCUGCGCUACGAGACGUGUUCAAAGAUCGAUGCCAACAAUUCUCCAAACUCAUUCACUCAUGGUGACUGGAGUGAAAUGUGCGAUCAAUUUUCUUCGAUCGACAACGGUUUCUUCGACUCUCUACUUCCCCCAAUGGAAUUCAGCGGCAACAUGAAUGUCGACACGCCCGCUAGUAACGGUUCCUACUACUUCGAUGAGGACGAUGAGAUGGAAUACGGUGAGGGUUUCAUUCAACCCGACUCCUCCCAACUCCUGAAUUCACUCGUGUUGCCCGGACAAAACACCAUUCACCAAGGGUAUCGCCCACAUCAUCAUCAACGACCGCUCUAUUAG